AAGCCCGUUUUCAUGUAACAAUGGCAUGGAUAGAGGGCGAAACAGCCCAACCAGAGACUUGAAUUUGGUUUGGGACAUGGACUCAAAGCCUCAAACCCCAAGAGCCACUAGUUAGAUGGAGGCAAAACCCUGGAGGUGUACUCAAGCGAGAGAAGGUGGGAAACAAAGCAGAACACAAGUUAGUACUUGCCUUAAUCAUCAGCAGCAGUUGGGUGUUUUGUAGGCUGUGUCUGGUGCAAACCUAGUUGGCAAAGAUGGAAUACGUAAGCCCCGAAGGACUCCGCUUGGACGGUCGCCGUCCCAUGGAAAUGAGACAACUUCGUGCGGAGAUUGGUACCGUGGCCAAAGCCGAUGGUUCUGCUGUUUUUGAGAUGGGCAACACCAAAGUCAUUGCAGCAGUGUAUGGCCCUAGAGAGGUGCAAAAUAGGAGCCAACAAAUUAGUGACCAGGCAUUGGUGCGCUGUGAGUACAGUAUGGCCAAUUUUAGUACUGGAGAUCGCCUGAGAAAACCUAAGGGUGACAGGCGGUCAACAGAGAUAUCUCUUGUCAUCCGCCAAACAAUGGAAGCAUGCAUAUUGACUCAUCUAAUGCCUCGUUCUCAGAUAGAUAUAUUUGUUCAAGUUCUUCAAGCCGAUGGAGGAACUAGAUCUGCAUGUAUCAAUGCUGCGACUUUAGCCCUUGCAGAUGCUGGGAUCCCAAUGCGUGAUAUUGUCACUUCCUGCAGUGCUGGGUAUCUAAAUAGCGCCCCUCUGCUUGAUUUGAACUACAUUGAAGAUAGUGCGGGAGGCCCUGAUGUCACUGUAGCGAUCUUGCCUAAGUUGGACAAAGUGACUCUUCUUCAGAUGGAUGCUAAGUUACCUGUGGAUAUCUUCGAAAAUGUCAUGGGACUUGCGAUUGAAGGCUGCAAGGCUGUAUCAAACUACAUUAAAGAAGUAUUACUAGGGAAUACCAAGCAACUGGAGUAUCGCCGGGGUUUAUAGUUUAUAAGCUGUGUAA